AUGGGCUGCUGCAAGAAGGGAUGCUGCUCACCCAAAGUGCAGGCCAUUGUGGGGCUGUGCGCAGCACCACUAAACCUCACAAUCCUGAUCUGGGGGAUCACGGAGAAAGUGCGAUGGACGCCCUUCUACGUGCCGAUGGAGUGCACCACGCCGCCCCCUGAUGGCUUGAGGCUAUCAGGCCUGAGCAUGCCUUCCCCGCUCGCAGAGGGACGGGGCCUGCUGCCCGGGUCUCCCCCCUACGGCCUUUAUGUGAACAAGACGGUCACCACUGCUUGCACCAACCCGGGCCAGGCGAAGAUGACCACCUUGGCUGCAGGUUUCGAGGUUGUCGAGCUGGCUCCGAACGCCACGGACAUGGCCAGCGGUGGCGUCGGCUUGCCGUACUCGCAGAGUGGCACAUCGCGCUUGGCUGGCGAUGCGGUCUACCCCAUCGGUGGCCGGGGCGAGAUGGUGAUGGAGGUGGCGACAGCAAGGGUCUUGGACGACGUUCUGGCAGUCCUGGCUCCGGAAGCCACGGCACGCGGCUACUCCGUCACCUAUAGUCGCAUGACCCAGACGGUGCAGACAUGCGCUUCGGUCAUGGGCAUGGAGUCCUGCAACGACCAGGUGUCUGAGCAGUUCUGUGGCUCCUACGAAGGCGACUGUCUGGUGCCAAAGCUGGACUCCUCUGGGGCUCCCCUGGUGCCAGAGCAGCUGGAGUCCGCCAUCUGCCCAUACACCGGGAAGCUGUGCGGCAACGAGGCCGAGGUCCAUGCCCAGUUGAAUGCGGCUGCCAUGGGGAUCCAGGUGGUGAGCCGGCCGGAAUGCGCGCCGUCGCUUGGCCUUCCCAAUGGCACGCUGUGCAACGUCAUCGAGGCGCCAGGCCUGGACUCGGCCACGAAGCGGCCCCGUGCCAUCGAGACCGCCAUGUCCCUGACCACGGAGGCCGAGGCCCGGAUGACCGAGGCGCUUGCCGCGGCGGAGUCGGCCGUGACCACGAUGAUUUGGAUCACGAUCGUUUGCAACUCCAUUUUCUUCCUGCUCAACCUGUCCUCCGGCCUCUUCAACCUCCGGAAGCACUUGAGGGCGAAUGCUCCAAAGGCCUCGAGCCAAGGUGAGAGUGCAGCUGAGAGUGCAACUUUUCGAUCUGGAUCCCUUCCCCUGCAAGCGCCAGUUUUGUGCCGGAUGCUUUCCAGCUCCGGAGCUUCUGAUACAGCGUUGGCCCUUCGACGGCUGCGUCGGACAGCAAAGCUGCCCGCGCCCUCUUUCGCGAUGGUCUUCAAGCUUCUGCUCCUUUGGAGCGGUGUCAAAUUUGCACGCGCAGGGGGAGAUCUCUUCCCAACCAAAAUGUGGCGACAUGGUCUGGGUGAAGUGGUCUGGGCCCUGCAGGAGCGGGCCGCCUCAGCCCCUACGAGCGCUGAGUCAGGCCUUCAGCCUCCAACCGAGCCGAGCCAGGGCGACAUCGACUCCCCGAAGACGCUGACCGCCAAGAAGCCCAGGACCAGCUUUAGGAUGCUGGGGGCGUUGGUGCCGGCCUGCCUGGGCGUGAUAAAGAAGCCGGAGGUGGAUGAGCCUUCCUGCUACGUCAGCUAUCAUGAGGCCUCGGAAGGCUUUGGGAGUCGAAACAUUCCCGCAUCGCACGUUGCCUCCAACUUGCGCGCCAUGGAAUACCAGAACCGUGGCAAAAGUGUGGAGCCUUCACUGGUGGAUCAGCGCAUCAUCGAGAGCAUCUCCACCUACCGGAAUGACCAGCGUGACAAGGAUGAAAUCCUCAGCAUCGUCGAGAAGCAUGGCUGGGCGCUGCGCUACGCGCCGCCACUCUUCAAGUAUUCGGAGGAGAUUUGCGUCGCUGCCGUGAAGUCAUAUCCAUUGGUCUUGGAGUUCAUCUCCCCAGACAUGCGGGACAAUGAAAAGGUGGUGAAGCAGGCUGUGACGCAGUGUGGAAUGGCCCUCCUCUUCGCAACCACGAAGAUGCGGAACCGCAAGGACAUCGUCAUGAAGGCCGUCCAAAACUGCGGCUUGGCGUUGGAGUUCGCCCACCCGGACCAGAAGAAGCAACCGGCAGUUGUCUACACAGCUGUGCAACAGGCCAUGAGCAGGCUGAUGACCUUGGAAAUGGAGGACCCCCCGAGCAGUGCUGGCACAGCCGUGCGGCACGUGGGCGAGCUCCGCGUGACGCUGCAGCAGGAACUCCAGGUUUGUUCCAAGGUGUGGCUACGGCUUUUGCUUUACUUCGUGGUUAUGCAAUACACAUCCUCUGUAUUGUUUCGCAACCUCGCAUUUGCGCGGUAUGAAGGAUUGGAGGUCUAUGCCGAGAAAGUGGCGCCGCACUGGGCACGGCAGCCAGUUGAUGGUGAAGGAGUGCUGCUGAGCGACGGGGUUUCCGUCGUGCCACUUUCCAAGGUGCUGGAGGGAUCGCAAUACUCCCACGGCUGGAACAUCUCCAUUGACAUUCAGGCGCCUCGAACGAACCUGUCUGCGCUGGGUGGCAUGCCGUUCAAUCUGCGAGAUAUCUCACAGGAGUAUCUGCCAGACUUCUCGCACACCGCGGAGGUGUCCUUCCUCAGUGAGUUCGUCGCAGGCAGCGCCAUCGUGAUAUGGGUGCUGAUCGUCCUCCUGCCUGUCUUUGUCUCCUACCAGGGAAAGAAGCGGCCCUAUGUUGCGGCCAUGGUGUUGCGAACCCUGCGGGCCGUCUUCGUCAUGCACCUUCUGCGCAUCCCCACCUACCUGGCCACGACACUCCCCGGUGCGGCGCCGCACUGCCAGAGUGUGCGAUGGACUGGAGGCCAACCAAAAGGCGGCUGGGAGGAGAACCAGAAGCACGUGCGCACGGUAUGGGACCUGUUUGUCGACACGUACAACUUCACGCACAACAGCAACUGCGGAGAUCUCGUCUUCAGUGGCCACACAGUGACGACAGCCACGAUGCUGGUGGCGGCGUGCUACUAUGCGGGGCAAAUGCUGCCGGAACGGCUGACGAAGCUCCUCAUCAUCGUGUCGAUCAUCAUCAUGCUCCUGCAGGUGUUCUGCAUUGUGACUGUGCACAACCACUACACAGUGGAUGUCGUCAUUGCGGCCUACAUCGCCCCACUCAACUUUUGGGCCUGGCUCUACCUCCUCCCCUCCGAAGCUGGCGCCGACUGCGCUCGCGCGGAGGCGGCCGGCGGCGUGCUGCCUCUGACUGCCGCUGAGGAAGUGUGA